GCUCCACUGUUCCGGAGCCCAGUCGUUUUGCUAUGCCUCCAAAGAAAGCGACAGCCGCCCAGAAGGGAAAAUCGGUAGCAGAAGGUACUAGUCAGACCCGGAGAGUUACUAGGGCCCGUGCCCAGUCUAUGCCUGGUAUGAUGCUCCAGUCGGAGAGCUCUGCUACACCCCCACCGCCAGAAGAGCUUAGAGCAGCAGCAGCUCCAGUUCGGGGGACACCACCAGCCCCCGAGGCCCCAACAUCUGAACCUCCAGCUCCUCAGUCAGGGGCGGAGGAUAGGGCCAUGAGAGAUGCGGUUCAAUUGCUGACUAGAUUAGUGGCAGAUCAGGCUCGCAGGCAUGGACUAGGAGUUGAUCAUGCGGACAGAUCUGAUAGCUUAAGGGCUCGUGACUUCUUAAGUUGUAAUCCUCCAGAGUUCUUUGGGUCAAGGCCCCAGGAUGAUCCGCAAGAGUUUAUUCGUCAGAUGCAGCGUACAUUGAGGAUAAUCAAGGCUUCGGAGACCGAGUCUGUUGAGUUGGCUACGUAUCGUUUGCGGGAUGUAGCUAUUAAUUGGUAUGAGUCUUGGGAGUUAUCUAGGGGUGAGGGUGCUCCUCCAGCGGUAUGGGAUGAAUUUGUGGAGGCUUUCCAGGGCCACUUCCUGCCUCCAGAGAUGAAGCGAGCUAGAGUCGAUAGAUUCUUGCGUUUGAAGCAAAAUGGCAGGAGCGUUCGAGAGUAUAGCCUCGAGUUUGAUUCAUUGGCUAGGCAUGCGCCUACUAUUGUGGCUGAUAUGGCAGACAGGGUACAUCGUUAUGUGAUGGGAUUGGAUCGUUAUCUGAUUGACGGUUGUAUGGCAGUGACUCUUCAGCCAGGUAUGGACAUUGCUCGGGUGCAGGCAUAUGCACAGGGGGUAGAGGAUCGGCACCGGGGACGUCAGCCAGAUAGAGAUUAUAAUAGAGGCCAGCAUAAGAGGGUUAGAUCAACAGGUUAUCCUGACGAGUUUCAAAGCGGGCAAUCUCAGCAGCAUGUUAGAUUUUCUUCCCAGCCAGCACAGAGUGCACCCCCACGUUUCAUGGGUAGGGGGUUCGAUCGUAUGGGAUAUUCGGAAGCUGGUCAGAGCUCUAGGGCGUCAGGGUCACAGAUGGGCCGGGGUUUGAGCCAGUCGAGGCCACUUUUGCCUCGGUGUUCUCGUUGUGGGCCAUACUAUGAGGGAGUGUCACCUUAG